CUUCUGAAGCUAGAGGGACACUUCCGGUCGCCAUUGGAAGGCCGUAAGAAGCUGUGCGGAGGGAGAGGCCUUAGGCCGAGCAGCCGCUUAUCAGGCCGGUCCCCAGAGAGUUCGCCCCAGAAGGGCAACUUUUCCUCCUCGCUCCUUUGCAACCGCGUACACGUCUCCGACGCUCGAGCAGGAGCCCGAAGUCGCCUCGGCGGCGCCUUGCUUUCCUCUUGGUCGCCGCCUGGCGCCGGCGCAGUCUCCGGCCUUUCUUCCUUCGCCUCUUUGUUGCCUCAGAGGUCGGCGCAGGCGCGGUGGCUAACGAGGCGGGCGGCGCAGGCGCGGUGGCGCCGUGCGGGCGAGUGCCCCGGAUGUCCGGGUUCUUCCCGCAGCCAAGAUGGCGGACGCCGAGUACGAGUCGGUGCUGUGCGUCAAGCCGGAGGUGCACGUCUACCGGGUGCCGCCCCGCGCCUCCAACCGGGGCUACAGAGCGGCUGAGUGGCAGCUGGACCAGCCAGCAUGGAGCGGCCGGCUGCGGAUCACGUCGAAAGGGAACGUGGCCUACAUCAAGCUGGAGGACAAGAAUUCAGGAGAACUUUUUGCCCAGGCGCCUGUGGAUCAGUUUCCCAGCAUCGCUGUGGAGGGGGUGACGGACUCCAGCCGAUAUUUUGUCAUCCGGAUUGAGGACGGGAACGGCCGCCGAGCCUUCAUUGGAGUGGGGUUCGUUGACCGGGGCGAUGCCUUCGACUUCAACGUGGCCCUUCAAGACCAUUUCAAGUGGGUCAAGCAGCAGAGCGAGCUGGCGAAGCAGGCCCUGAAUCCAGACCAGGGCCCCAAAUUAGACCUGGGCUUCAAGGAAGGGCAGACCAUCAAGCUCAACAUUGCGAACAUGAAGAAAAAGGAAGGCACCCCGGGGACCAGACCCCGCGGAACAGGUGCUGGGGCCCCCAGCCUCCUCCCGCCCCCUCCAGGAGGAAAACCAGCCCCUUUCCCUCUGCCUGGGGAACAGCCCUCCUUCCAUCCUGUGCAGGCCUCAGCAGGGGUCGAUGAAGCAGCAGAUGCCUCCGUGUCUUGGCCACAGCCCAGGAGUUCUGCGGCAGAAGGGCUGGCUGCUGACAUCUGGGGAGACUUUGCCAAAGCCUCUGGGUCUGUCUCCGGCCAGGCUCAGCAGAAUACGGGCUGGGUCCAGUUUUAAGCCAGGGGUCUCUCCCCACUUCUCCUGUGAAGGCGCAGGAGUCGGUGAGGAGAAGGACCGGCCGUCUUUUUUCGUUUUCUUUUCAUUGUGGACCAAAGGCAAAGAAGAAAGGCCUUGCCCUUCAAGAGGCCCCCCAAACUCUGGGCAUGUGUGGGUGUUUGCUUUUGGCAUUCUGGGGGCUGGAAGCGGGGGCAAAGUAUGUACAUCCCCCCCCCACCUGCUGCCCUGCUGCACCUGUCGCAUGCGGCAGGGCGGGGUUCCUUUCCACUGCUCAGAGACUCCCGAGGGUGGUCAGCUUCUUCCGUAGAGCAGCCGGAAAAGGCUUGGAAGGAAGAGGGGCCCUGUGGCUGCGUCUCAACGGAGGUGCCUCCCUGCUCUCUGUUCUGCCCUGCCAAAGAAGUUCUGGGAUUCCUGGGCAGGGAGGAGCUUCUGGCGAGGGCAGGCCUUGAUUCUGGAAAAGUAUGGGCUUCUUAGACGCACCCACUUGGUAUCUGGAGAAAGGAGGGGGCCCUCCCCAGUGGGCGAUGUGGAGAGGUGCCCAGGGCAGUGUGCAAAUGGCCACCCUGGCACAUACCCGCCCCACUCACCCGCUUCCCAGGAUGGAGGGGUUCUGUCACGCAGCUGUGCCAUGCACGCAGGAACUCCUCUCCGCACACAGCUCCUCUUCUCUGGCUCAGAGAGUCUGUUUCCCAUGGUGCACCCAGACGCCUUGCUGCUUCUGAGGCCAGGUUUACACGGCAGCCUCCAAGUGGCUUAGCAGUCAUGCCUGCCCACAAAGAGACCCUGUGUGGGAUUGCAGGUCUCGGCACUCCUCCCUCACUGGAACCCGAAGCAGUCCAGUUUAAAGCAGAGUUACGCCUCUUGUCUAAACACUCCUUGGGCCACUGUGGGUUGGGCAGAACCGCCAGGACAGAGAGGACAGGUGACCGCUCUCUGCGUGGGAGCCCAUGUUCCUCCCCACUGGCUUUUUUGUGCUGUUUUUCAUUGUGAAGUGCCUUCUCUCUCUUUCCUUUUCCCUCUGCUGCUCAACAGCCUUCUCUGGAAAAGUUUUGCACAGUUACUGAGGCUAUUUCUUGUGUGAAACUUUUCUUAGGCUACGUUCACACAGUCAUGGUGAUCCUGGUUAAAGAACCCAGAAUUUCCUUUCCCCACUGCAGUUAACCAGGAUAGAUAACUAGGAUCUGAUCCGCAGCAGUUUGACCCGGUUUGCCUUAGAAAUCCUGGGUUCUCACAAUCAACUCGGCAGAGCUCAGUGAUCCUGGUUAACGCUUUAACUAGGAUUGCCAUGAUCGUGUGAAUGAAGCCACACAUUCCUUCCUUGUGUGCCUUUUGUGGGAGAAUAAAUCCUUUUUAAAAAUUUUUUUUGAAGCAAAACAGGCCUUUUUCUUCUUCUUACAGCUGUUUGGCCUGUGACACGUUUUAGACAUCAUGAAGGACAAACUAUUUUUUCUGGGUCUUUUUUACAAAACUGGACUUUAAUUCCUUUUUGAAAUAUAGAUAUGUGUCUGUGUGUGUAUAUAUAUAUUUGUAUCUAUUUAUACCAAGGUGAAGGCCUUUUACAGAAUGUUUUACUUUUAUGCAACUCUGCAAAGCCCUUUUCUGACUUUCUUCAUCGUUUGGUUUGUGAGCUGGUUCCUGAUUAAAACAAAAUGUGGAAAUCA